AUGAAUUAUGAAGCCUCUGAUUGCUUGUUUGGUGGCUUAGAGCUCCCUGCCGACAGCACAAGAGAAUGGGGCGGAGACGGCUGGGCAGCAAUUCUAAACUCUAUGCUGCUGCAGGCUCCUGCAGCAACGGGUGCUGCUGCUGCUUGGCCUUCAUUAGGGGGAGAUACACUCCCUAUAGCCCCUCAGCAGCAGCAGCAGCAGCAGCAGCAACAACAGCAGCAGCAGCAGCAACAACAGUAUGAGCGGUGUCUGGGAGGCGUCCGGUUAGCGUGCAGCGACCCUGUAGGGGGUUUUGCUGCUGCUGGGGGCCCCCCUUCUUUGUGCUGCAGCACAGCAGCAGAAGCAGAAACAGAAGCAGAUGCAGCAAGCAGCUUCAAGGUUAGGAGAGGAGAGAGAUUAAAAAGAAAGAGACACUUUGCAAGCAGCACAGAGACAGAAGUGAACGACUUCAUGCCUGGCAGCUGCUCUUCUUCAGCAGAGACAGCAGCAACACUAUGGCGUCCCCCCUCUGCUGCUGCUGCUUCUGCUGCUGCUGCUGCGGGGCUGCAUGAGGGCUCUAACGGCAACAGACAAAGAUACAAGCACCGUAGGCAGCAGCAUCAGCAGCAGCAGCAGCAGCAGCACGACAGCGACGACUCCAGUGUCUCUGUAGGGUCUCUUUGUCUCUCCUCCAACACUCACGGUCUUCACCCCCAGCAGCAGCAGCAGCAGCAGCAGCAGCAGCAGCAAGGUUUUAACUUUUCGGUGUCUCCUUUUGGCAGCAGCGCAGGACAGGGACAUUCCUCUAUGGGUGCCCCUGGAGCAGAAGCCGCAGCAGCAGCAGCAGCAGCAGCAGCAGCAGCAGGAGGCUCUGGAGGUUGCUCAGGAGCUUCUGUAUGCAGCAGCUCUGUCGUCUCAACAACUACAGCACCCUCAUCAUCAUCAUCAGCAUCAUCAUUACCGUCAGCAUCAGCAGCAGCAGGAGCAGCAGCAGCAGCAGCAGCAGCAGCAGCAGGAGAGCCUCACUUAGAAAAUGCAGCUUUAAAUGACUACGAUAUGUGUCAGGUCUCUCUCGAGUGGCACCUGCCGGAGCUGCAGGAGACAGAACAAAGACAAAAGGGGACAGUCCCUAUCCGCAGAGUCUUCGGCAUUAAUGCCGGUAUAACUUUGUUUAAUCUUCAUAGAAUUAUUUGCAUAUCUUUAGGUCUUGAUGAAGAGGUCCAGAUACUGAGUGUGCUCAGAAACAAGACAAAGCAAAACGCCCUCAUUUGGGUGCCUCGUUGUGUUGCUGCUGGCAGCUACGGCGCUGCACCCGGGAAUGACGUCAAUUGGAAUUCACCCGAAGAGGUCUCGCGACAUGUCCCCACGUUAGAGAUAGACGUCAAAACCAUCAACUUGGGUUUUAUUGAGACGCGUUUCUCGAAGAAUACAUCCAUUUCAAGGCGCACCAAAAUGAUACGCGCAGACUGCUACAGCGAAAGCAUACACGACUUUUGGCGAGACAGCGCUCGAGUGCGGCAGCUAUCUAUUCGCGUCAGCAGACAGACAACAAGGAGACAUAUUGAGGCCCCCCCUUCAAUCAAGCAGCUAAUGAUGCAGCAGCAGCAGCAGCAGCAGCAGCAGCAACAGCAACACACGCAGCACCACCAGCAGAGGAUGCACCAACACCUGCAAAUUCAGCAGCACGCUCACAUGCACCAACAACAACAACACACGCAGCAGCAACAGCAACAGCAACAGCAACAGCAGCAGCAGCAGACGCAGCAGCAGCAAACGCAUAGACAGCUCAUGCAAUAUGCACACGCUGAACAGCAGCAAUUCUCAGUGCUGCAGCAGCAACAGCAGAACAAAGCGCUGCAGCAGCAGCCAGAGCACCAAGGCCUGCAUGAAGAAGAUGAAGAACAAGGGUUCGGCGCAACAGCACCAGCAGCAGGUGCUGCAGCAGCAGCAGAAGACCCGCAGCAGCUGCUGCUUGUUCCUUACGGAGACACAGAAGCAGGCCCCCUGCAGCUACACCUCAGCAGCACAGACAACGCAGCUGCUGCUGCAAAUGAAUAUAUUGCAGCUGCAGAGCUGCUGCCGCAUGGGCUUUAUGGGGAUGCAGCAGCAGCAUAUCCAACAGCAGCAGCAGCAGCAGCAGCAGGACUGCCUUGGGGCUUCGACGAAAGUCUGUUGCUUCAGGGAACACUACAGCAGCAGCUGAUGCAGCAGGGACAGCAGCAGCAGCAGCAGGAGAUGCUUGGCUUUGAAAACCUUUUGCUGCACCCAGAGGACUUCUUCCUGCAGCAGCAGCAACAGCAGCAGCAGGAGCAGCUGCUGCAGCUGCUGCAGCAGGAGGGCGUCAGCCCUGAAAAUGCGAAUCUCUUCCUUGAGCAGCACUUCCUGCUGCAACAGCAGCAGCAGCAGCAGCAGCAACAGGCAGAGCAGCAGCAGCUGCUGUUCCCCUUUUUCGGGUGUCCAGACACAGAAGCCCCCAUUGACAGCCAAGGAGCAGCAAAGCUGGCUCUGGAAGCCCCGCCAGCAGCAGCAGCAGCAGCAGCAACAGCAACAACAGCAGCAGCAGGAGCAAAAGAUGUUGCAGCAGCUGCAGCAGCAGAAGCAGCAGCACAAGUCUCUGUUCCCUAUGAUUCUUCUCUUUCCCUGCAGCUUCAGCCUCCUAGUGGGGCUAGCCACGGCUUACGUAGGCAUCCCCAGGGGCCCCCAGCACCGGACCCCUUAGGGGCCCCCCGAGGGGCCCCCCAGGACCCUAAGGGGGCCCCUGAAGGGUCUGUUGCAGGGGGGCCCCUAGGGGGCCCCCAGGCCCUGAUGGGUACCCCCGAGGCCCCAAGGGGGGGGCCCCUAGGGGGCCCCCAGGUCUUCUUGGGGGCCCCCGAGGUACCAAUUGGGGGGCCCCCAGGGGCCCCUCAGACCCUGACGGGGGGGCCCCCAGGGGCCCCACAGGCCCCUAAGGGGGGCCCCCUAGGGGCCCCCCAAGUGGCGAUAGACAUAGGGAAAGAAGGGAUAGAGGGUUUAGAGACAGCUGCGAAGGGCUGCAACACACAAACAGAGACAAAUGAAGAGGAACAGCUGCUGCUGCAGGAGCAACUGCAGCAACAGCUGCAGCAGCAACUGCAGCAGCUACAGAUGCCUGAAGCUACUACUCCAGCGCUCUUGCGGGCACUGCAGCAGCUGCAAAUGCAGCCCUGGGCAGCAGCAGCAGCAGCAUCAACAACAGCAGCAACAACUGCAACUCCAGAGCAGCAAACACAAAGAGGGGGCCUUCCACCGCAGGCAGCAGAGACAGCAGCAGCACACGGCAAGCGAUAG